UUGGCUGAUUUUGGCUCACUGUGUGUGUAUGUGCAGGCGGAAGUAGAGACAGAUGUUGCGACUGGGCAGCCAAAGAAGAGGACGUUCAAGAAGUUCAGCUUCAGGGGCGUGGACCUCGAUGCUCUCCUUGAUAUGUCUACUGACGAGCUCGUUAAGCUCUUCCAUGCCCGUGCCCGCCGAAGGUUUCAGAGGGGUUUGAAGAGGAAGCCCAUGGCUUUGAUCAAGAAGCUGCGCAAAGCGGUAAAUAAUCCCAAAUCCGAAAAUUAGUGCUGCUUGUGUUUCUACCAAGUUUGUUUUGUUCU